AUGGUGAGGACUCGUGCGAGGGCUUACGUGGAGUGUAGAUCAGCUGGGUUGCCUCCGUUGACUUGGACCCAGUUCUAUUCAGUUUUCUUGGAGAAGUACGUCCCCUGUACUUUAAAGGAUAGGAGACGUGAUGAGUUCAGUAACAUUGAUCAAGGUAAUUUGUUAGUAGCAGCUUAUGACGCCCGAUUCAAUUUGUUGUCUCGUUAUGCUCUCCAGCUAUUACCUACUGAUGAGGAAAGAGUUAGGAGAUUUGUGAAAGGGUUGAACAUCGUUCUCAAUUGUCAAUCCUUCACCAGGGUCGGUGUGCUUCCUUUCAGGAGGUGGUGGAUCAUGCUAGGACCGUCGAAGGUGUUAGUGUUUAUUGAUGACAUUCUUGUUUAUUCGAAGAGUAAAGAAGGUUAUGAAAAACACUUGAGGAUUGUUCUUGGGUUACUAAGAGGCAAGGAGUUAUAUGCCAGGUUCUCUAAGUCUGAGUUUUGGCUUGAAUCUGUAUCAUUCUUAGGCCAUGUGGUGUCCAAAGAGGGGAUUAUGGAUGAUCCUAAGAAGAUUGAGGCCAAGGAAGCCAUGAUUGAGCAAGCGAGGGGUCUGAGAAUUAAGGGGAAUAUUUUCACCGAUCAUUGCAGUCUUCAGCAUGUCUUUACUCAAUGGGAUCUUAAUUCUAGGCAGUGGAGAUGGAUAGAGCUGCUUAAGGAUUAUGACAUCACUAUUUUGUAUCAUCCUAGUAGGGCAAACGUUGUAGCGAAUGCCUUGAGUAGGAAAUCUUCUAGUAUGGGUAGCUUGGCUCGUUUGAUUAUUAUUAAGGCAAAACAAUUCAAGGAUGCAAGUUUGUGUAAGAUCCGUGAUAAGGUUUUGAAUGGUGAGGCCAAGGAGGCCAUGAUUGAUAGUGAGGGGUUCUUGAGGAUUAAGGGGAGUGCUUGUGUUCCUCGCGUUGAUGACUUGAUUCGAACGAUUCUGGAGGAGUCCCAUAGUUCUAGAUACUUUAUUCAUCCUGGUGUUACCAAGAUUUAUCGUGACUUGAGGCAGCACUAUUUGUGGUGUAGGAUGAAGCGUGAUAUUGUUGAGUUUGUUUUGCGAUAUCUAAGCGCUCGUCCCAGGUGCAGGGAUCUCAUCUCUUUAGCGAAGCUGGCUGACUAUGCUCGAGCAGAGCUCAGACUCGAAGGGUCUCAGAUUGAGGUUGAGAUUUUGGGCGAAAAUCUAGUGAAAAACCUUAGCUCACUGGUUGGAUGUGACCGCUGCAGCGGGUAA